UUGACGUUUCGCUUCUGGUUUUGUCAUUUGGUAUCACGGGAAAAAAUAACUUUCAACAACAGUAAAAAACUUGUGCAUUAUCGCAUAUUGGUACGGGUUUGUCGUAUUGUUUGCAAAGAAUCGUGCAGUUAUUAUCACAUUCCAAACUGCACACUAUCAUCGAACAGCAAAAUGAACGCAGCAGAAAAGUUAACCGUGGUAGAUGUGUACGAUUUGGCACUGGAAAUCGGCAAAGAGUUCGAAACAAUAAUCGAUGCGAAUGGAGUGAACGCAGUGUCUGGAUUGAUUACGAAAGUGGUGAAUGCGUUGGAGCUGAUGGAAACGCUGACCUGCCAAAAUGAAAACGAAAAUGCGACCUUGCAGGAGCUGCAGGAAAAGAUUGCCCAGCUGGAAGCGGAAAAGGAACAGAAGGCUGCAUCUCGAUCCCGUUACGAAAAGGAGCUUGAAGCGAUUGAAGAUCAGUGGCGCACUGAAGCGAAAGAGCUGUUCAACGUGAUUGAUAAACUGCAGGAAGAGAAUCGAAAGCUCCAGCGAGGAAUUGCACAGUCGGCAAGCGAAAGCACUAAUCAAUCCGACGAGCGUUCACGAAACGGUGGCACGAACGAUGACUUUCCCAAUGGCUCUAGCAUGCUAGAGCCGGAGGCGGGUGUGCUAAAAAAAUCCGAGUACAAAAUCCAACUUUCCCAGCUGGAGGAAAAGUUGAAGCGCAAAGAGAUGGAACUGUGCGAGAAGAUGGCAGAAAUAGAGAGCUUGUCGAGCCAGAACGAUCGCUUGAAGAAGGUGGUAAGUGAAAGCCGCAGGCGGCAGAAGCUUUCGCACAAUCAAAUCAUCACGCUCUGCGAGGAGCGGGCUGAUUUUUUGGCCCAAAUACAAGACCAGCAUCACGAGAUUAAAGCACUUCGGAUGCAGCUCGGUUUGGCCGAGAAGGAAAAUGAAGAUUUGGCGAACCGCGUAAAUGAAGAUGAGCGGCCACGGUUCUCCACCGUCGAGCUAAAGGAGGUGCUUACCGAUCGCAAUGAGCUGAAGGCUCGGGUUAGCGAUCUAGAGCAAGAGCUGAUGACGUGCCAAGCGAUUGGAUCCAGGACAGACAGUGGCAACAAAUCGAAUGUGUUCGCAAAAGAAUCUAGCAAUGAAGUGCCCUCGGUGGAUUUCAGCGAACUGCCCGUACAAGGCCCAUUACCGUAUGAACCAGAUGAUGCACCAUGGAAAAAGAGCAACGAAAGUGGCAUUAGAAAGUUCUUUCGCAAGUUGUUCAACGAAACGUCGUCCGAUUGUUCGAGCUUUUCGCAACGUUCACUAUCGACGCUCUCGAAAAUGGCACUCUCAUCCGGACCGCAUAGUGAUAUACCCAUUUAAACGGUAAGAUCAGGGCACAAUUAAAAGGAAUGGAAUCGAUCAUACAACGAUAAUGGAUUAAAAUGGAUGGGAAUCAUGCGUACUACUAACACGUCUGCAGCUUACACAGCUUGACGGUUUUAUCGAUUAGAUUUACCAAGUUUUGAUAAACAGCCACACACGGUGAAACACGUGCAUAAGAAUAACGUUUAUUGCCAUAGUGCAUAUUGUUAGCCAGAGGAGGGAGUAUAGCGUCUUGUGUUGCAACACAAUUUAUCCAAUUCGUAGCCAUGUUUACAAACUGUUGUGUUUACGGUUAGCGGUGCUGUUUGUUUCCAUCCCCGAGGGGAAUAACAGUCAACCAUAGUUCAAGUGGACCAUUAAAACCACGAAUUCUUCCACCAAAUCUUUCAAACAGUAGUGCAUGCAUACAGUACAGUUUAUCUUCGCGUAGCUCUGACAAAUGGUCGUUGUUUUAUAGCAAAGGAUAUUUUACUCGAACCUAGAAAGGUGAAUAACAUUACAAGACUUUUGGAAAGGAUAACGUGUUCGGUUGACACUUAGCACAGUUGUAUGGAUCCGUAUUUCAAACUCUUCCAUUACUAUUAGCAUUUUAAAAACUCAUCAAGACUUGUGCAGCAUGAGAGUAGAAAUGAUGGAGUAAAUGUUUAACUGGUUCUAGUCAUCAUCCAUCAAGCGUUAGUAGCAAACCAAGUUGAUAGUUGUUAGCCAAGAAGCAUACAUUCCGUUAGCCCUCGGUUUAUUAGUAAUACAGGCUGCUGUCUAGCGCCGCUCGAAUCGCUGUACUUUAGUUGUUUUACCCUCGUCAAGACUGUGGAUUACGUUGAGUUUGAAACUCUGCAAAACCAGAAGGAUGCAAUUAAUCAUAACAUACGUUGGGAACAGGUAAUAUUACGUCUGGCUAAUGCUAACAAAUGGAAUGGAAUGUUUAGGGUAUUUUUAAAUCUUAGAUCAACACUAUUACCUUUAUUUACAAAGAAAAAAGACGGUAGAAACAGAUGGAACCACAUCAAGUAUUAAGUCAAGACAAUAUGAUCAAUUAAUGGUGAUUUCACUUUCUACUGACUUCUCUACAUAUACCCCCUCACCCCCUCGAACACAUGACUGAACAUGAGUUGUAUGCCACACUUCUAUGUGAUGAGUGUCGUAGACGUUUUGUCGACACGAUGACCGUACAAGCCUCAUGGCUACUAGCUCUCCCCCAUAUCUAGUGAGGAAUAUAUCUCAAAUAGAACAAAACUAACAAGUACCAUUACAUUCGUAGGAGAGGAUAUGAAGCAGUGAAAGUGGUUCGAUGUUGUAAGUUAAACUUAUUAAACCUUUUAGCCAAUCUACUACUAUCAUCAACUGCAGUAAAGCAAGCAUAUGUAGGAAUUGA